AUGGCUAAGUAUAUAUUUUAUUUGUUGAUCUCCAUUUUCAUGCUCUCCAGAAGCUUAAGAAGCAAAGCCAAUGAUAAUGAUGAUAGAAAGGAAUAUAUAGUGUACAUGGGGUCACUUCCUGAUGAUGUGGUGUACUCGCCAACAGCCAACCACAUAAGCCUACUACAAGGUGUUCUUGAUCAGGGCAGUACUGUAGAAAAGUCUUUAAUUACUAGUUACAGAAGAAGUUUCAAUGGCUUUGCAGCCAAACUUACUGAUACUGAAAGACAAAGACUUGCUGAGGUGAAAGGAGUUGUUUCUAUAUUCCCGAACAGGAAUUUUAAAGUUCAAACAACAAGAUCAUGGGACUUCAUUGGUCUGCACCAAAAAACUGAAAGAAAUCCCACAGUUGAGAGUGAUAUUAUAAUUGGUGUUCUUGACACUGGAAUUUGGCCAGAAUCAGAUAGCUUUAACGAUGAAGGUUUCGGUUCUCCACCAAAGAAGUGGAAAGGUGCCUGCAUAGGUGGCGACAAGUUCAAAUGCAACAACAAGAUCAUUGGAGCUCGAUAUUACCUAUCAGAAUUAUCAACAGUUGCUACCGCAAGGGAUUUUAUUGGACAUGGAACCCAUACAGCAUCAAUAGCUGCUGGGAACAAUGUAAAGAAUGUUAGUUUCUUUGGAAUAGCACAAGGGACCGCAAGAGGCGCAGUUCCUUCAGCUAGAAUUGCAGUUUAUAAAGUUUGUGAGGUUGUUUGCAGUGAAAUAAAUGUAUUGUCUGGAUUUGACGAUGCCAUUGCUGAUGGAGUUGACAUCAUAUCAGUAUCACUUGGUGGUUCUGUUCAAGGUGCUUAUGAUGCAGAUGCUAUAACAAUUGGUUCUUUCCAUGGAUUGAGUAAAGGUGUAUUGACCAUCAAUUCUGCUGGUAAUGAUGGUAUAACUGCUGGGACUGUAUCAAGUCCAGCGCCAUGGACGAUGACAGUAGCAGCAAGCAGCAUAGACAGACAUAUUGUAGACAAAGUUGUUCUUGGCAAUGGACAGAUUCUACUAGGCAACUCAGUUAACAGUUUCACAUUGAAUGGAACAAGCUUUCCUAUGAUAUAUGGAAAAGAUGCUGGACAUCAUGACUGUGACAUAGAAAACAGCAGGAAUUGUCUUAGUACCUGCAUAAACAAGACAGCAGUGAAUGGAAAGAUAUUGUUAUGUGAUUUGAUACCACCUGCAUCAGAUGCUUUGGGCGGUGUAUUUGCUGCAGUGGGUCCGAGAAUAGGGCUUAAUGAGAUUUCUUUUGUCGAGCCAGUGCCUGUUGCAGCUGUAAACUUCGCCAAUUAUUCAGCCGCCCAAGCUUACUUCAAUUCAACAAAAAAUCCUCGAGCGACCAUAUUGAAAAGUGAAUCUAUAACAGAUAGUGAUGCUCCUCAUAUUCCAAACUUCUCUUCACGGGGACCAAAUUUCAUUACUCCAGAUAUUUUGAAGCCUGAUGUAACAGCCCCAGGGAUAGAUAUUUUGGCUGCAUAUUCACCUGUAGUUUCACCUUCAGUGUUACCAACUGACCAAAGGAGGGUCAAAUACAAUAUAUUAUCUGGAACCUCCAUGUCUUGUCCCCAUGUUGCCGGAGCAGCUGCAUAUGUUAAAACAUUCCAUCCUAAUUGGUCACCUUCAGCCAUUAAAUCAUCGUUGAUGACUACUGCUUGGGUCAUGAACACUAAUCAAAGUUCUGAUGGUGAAUUUGGUUAUGGAGCUGGGCAUAUUGAUCCUGUAAAAGCUCUAGAUCCUGGACUAGUGUAUGAAACUUCCAAAGACGAUUACAUUAAGUUUCUCUGUGGAAUUGGCUUCGGUAGUAGCAGAUUGAGGCUUAUCACUGGAGAUAAUAGCACUUGCCCCAAAAUUACAAACUUUGAGCCCAAGGAUCUCAAUUAUCCAACACUUGCACAUGAAGUGGUUCAAACAAAUGGGUCUUUUACUGUUGAGUUUCAGAGAAGAGUUAAGAAUGUUGGCCUUCCAAACGCCAAUUACAAAGUAAAAGUUAACUCAAAUCCUAGACUUGAUAUCGAAGUGGUACCAGGAGUUCUUUCCUUCAAAUCCAUGAAUGAGGAGAAGAGUUUUAAUGUGACUGUUAAAGGAGAAGCUUUGCCGAUAAGGACAAUGUUGUCUUCAUCCAUUGUCUGGUCUGAUAGUAUUCACAGUGUAAGAAGUCCUGUUGUGAUUUUCAACAGCCUCUUCACAGAUUGAAAGCUGAAUUUCUUGAUGUUAUUUUACUACUUUGAUAUGUAAUAAUCAAACAUAAUUUA